CAGCUCCCAAAGCUCCCAUCUUGCCUCGAGCUCUCUCGCUGUCUCUCCUUGUCCCAUCUCUCAUCCGCAUCUCCAUCUUCAACACUAAUUUCAUUCUAAUUUGUCCAUAAUCUUAUUUUGUUUCAGUCGAAACUCUGCCUGUGUUGAGUCUUAUCUUUUCCCAACCUCACCUCACACGCUCGGACUAUGGGUAACCAGCAGUCCAACAUUGGCGGAGGCGGCGGAGGAGAUGGCCGGGAUGACAAGGACAAGAAGAAGGAUAAGCCCAGAUAUGAACCACCCCCUCCUCCAACCACCCGUAUCGGUCGCAAGAAGCGCAAGGCCGCCGGUCCCAGCACUGCAUCCAAACUGCCCGACAUUUUUCCAACAUCACGAUGUAAACUACGGUAUUUGCGAAUGCAGCGAGUCCACGACCACCUGUUGCUAGAGGAGGAGUACGUCGAGAAUAUGGAGCGUCUGCGGAAGGCCAAGGCACAGGCUAGCCAAGACAAUAUUAGCAGGGGUGAUUUUGAUAUCAUGGACAGGAAUGCGGAUGAGCGUAGCCGGGUUGAUGAUAUGAGAGGCAGUCCUAUGGGAGUCGGUAACUUGGAGGAGUUGAUCGAUGACGACCAUGCGAUUGUCUCGAGUGCUACUGGCCCAGAGUACUAUGUCUCAAUCAUGUCGUUCGUCGACAAGGACCUUCUCGAGCCCGGUGCGAGUAUUCUUCUGCACCACAAGUCGGUCUCGGUGGUUGGUGUGCUGACAGAAGAAUCGGAUCCUCUUGUCUCGGUCAUGAAGCUCGACAAGGCGCCCACUGAGUCCUAUGCGGAUAUUGGUGGUCUGGAAUCUCAGAUCCAAGAGGUCCGAGAAUCUGUUGAGCUGCCGCUGCUGCAUCCCGAACUGUACGAGGAAAUGGGAAUUAAACCGCCCAAGGGUGUCAUCCUCUACGGUGCCCCAGGAACCGGAAAAACACUGCUCGCCAAGGCUGUUGCCAAUCAGACCAGCGCAACGUUCUUGCGUAUUGUGGGAAGUGAACUCAUCCAGAAAUAUCUCGGAGAUGGUCCCCGGUUGGUGCGACAGAUUUUCCAGGUGGCCGCGGAACAUGCACCCUCCAUCGUCUUCAUCGAUGAAAUUGAUGCCAUUGGUACCAAGCGUUAUGAUUCCACUUCUGGCGGUGAACGAGAAAUUCAGCGAACUAUGCUAGAACUUCUCAACCAGCUGGAUGGAUUCGAUGACCGUGGAGAUGUGAAGGUUAUCAUGGCCACAAACAAGAUUGAAACCCUGGACCCUGCCUUGAUCCGUCCUGGACGUAUCGAUCGAAAGAUUCUCUUCGAGAAUCCGGACCAAAACACCAAGAAGAAGAUUUUCACCCUGCAUACUUCAAAGAUGUCUCUCGGCGAUGACGUCGAUCUGGACGAGUUUAUCAACCAGAAGGAUGAUCUCUCCGGUGCGGAUAUCCGCGCCAUUUGCACAGAAGCUGGAUUGAUGGCUCUCAGAGAACGCCGGAUGAGGGUCCAGAUGGAUGAUUUCCGCGCGGCUCGUGAGCGGAUCAUGAAGACGAAGCAGGAUGGUGGCCCGGUGGAAGGACUGUACUUGUAG